AAAGCAGAAAGCAGAAAAAAGCAGAAAGCAGAAAGUAGAUAAAAGCAGAAAGCAGAAAUUACAAAAAUGGCGACUCUCUCACUCUCCUCCACGUCACAACGGAAUUUCUCUCUCUACGGCGUCAGCAGCAGGAGCACAACCACCUCCAAAUUCUCCGCCUUUCAACCGAGGCCGGCCAAGCUCUCUUGUCUUCUUCUGAGAUCACUCCACCGCAACCCUCUCAGAGUUUCGAUUGGCGGAAAGAAGGAAUUCAUGGCGAUGAAGGGUAAGAGGAGGGGAUCGGGUGCGAUGUGUUACGCUGCACCUCUCUCUGUCAACAGCCUCCAGUGGAUCUCCACCAUUUCUUCUGCGGUUUUGUUGCUUGCAAAAGGGACUGCUGUUAAAUCAUUUCUUGUUCCCUUAUUUCUCCUACAAGCGCCAGCUACCGUUGUCUCAUGGAUUAAGGGUGAAUAUGGUAUCUGGGCUGCCUUCCUAGCCCUUCUUGUUCGUCUUUUCUUCUUUAUUCCUGGAGAACUUGAGUUGCCAUUGACAGCAUUCCUCCUCGUGAUUGUGGCUCCUUACCAAGUUCUAAAACUCAGGGGAAGACAAGAAGGUGCUAUUAUUUCACUGGUCAUUGUAGCAUAUUUGGCUUUCCAGCACUUCUCACGAAUAGGAAGCUUGGAGAGAUCAUUUGACCGAGGUUCAAUUAUUGCUACCUUAGCCAUCGUUUCUAUCACUGCUUUGUCAUGCUUGUUCCUGUUCUGAGUUUAUUGUAAAUAGGCAGUAAGUCUGAUAAUAGUUAUUAGUUACCUUUCAUUUCCGUGUUAUAUUGCGUAAUAUGUCAUCUGAUUUUGUACUCUUGAAUAAUUCGUAUGUACAGUAAUAAAAGAGAUUAUCAGCUCAGAGGCAGGUUGUUGCCCUUCAUUUUCAAUCA